CCAUGUAAUUUAAGGUAUAGGACAAAAGUAGACAUUACUGUUUCAGGUUUCUCAAGGUUUUCUUUCUUCAUAGAAACCUCUUCUUCUUCUUCUUUAAAUCUCUCUAUUAAAUCAGACUAAUUUUUUUAACAUUUCUGAGUUUACUGAAUUCUGCAAACUUUCCUUCCCUUUCCUUUUUACUUAAAUCCAGGAUCAUUCUUUGGUUUCCUUGCAAGGAUCAUUUAUCUAACAAACCCUUCCUUUACAUAUUUUUUCUAUUCUUCAUUUCCAAUCUCCCAUAACAUGAUUAUCUUAUGCAACAGUCAUGAAGAUUAGAGCAGCAGAAACAAGAACCUGAUUUACUCCAAGAUUUCUUAAAAUAUCCUGCGUCAUCAGCUUGAAAGACAAUGCUAGCUUUCUCAAAGAUAGCUAGGUUCCCAGGGUUGCUUCAAACUCGAGCUACCGUAUUCUUAAUCAGAAACUACCAUAAACAACCUAUCGAAGUUGUCUGGAAGAAACCAGAACACGGAUGGACAAAGCUAAACUUUGAUGGGUCAAGAAAACAAGGACAAGCCAGCAUCGGAGGAAUAUUCAGGAACCACAAGGCUGAGUUCCUUCUCGGAUACUCAGAACGCAUAGGAGAGGCCACAAGCACCGUGGCAGAAUUCGCAGCACUCAAAAGAGGGCUAGAGCUGGUCCUAGAAAACGGAUGGACUGAUCUAUGGCUCGAAGGAGACGCCAAGAUCAUUAUGGAUAUCAUCUCCAAGAGAGGGAAAUUGAGAUGUCAAGAAGCAAAAAAGCAUGCGAAUUACAUUAAUGUGGUUAUGCCUGGUCUUAGCAACUGCGUUCUGAGCCAUGUUUACAGAGAAGGGAAUCGAGCGGCUGAUAAAUUGGCUAAGUUAGGACAUCAGUUUCAGGAUCCUAAAGUCUGGAGACUUCAGCCCCCAGACAUAGUCCUACCGAUUAUGCAUGAAGAUGCACAAGGUAAGAUUGUUCUUAGAACAAAAUGAUCCCAAAACGAGUAAAUAAAUUGUGUGUAUAUAUCAUCAGAUUUUGUCAAUAACAAGCUAACAAAUGUAAAUAGUUAUUCAUUGUUGUAACAUCAAGAUAUUUCAGACUUUUGUAACAUGUAAAUUGCAGUAUAUAUCAUUAGAUCUUGUAGAAAGCAAGCUCAAAUGUGUAAAUGUUUUAAGAAAAGGAAUCAGUUGAAUA